UUGACCCUUGAUUCACUGCAGCAAUUUUCACAGAACAGAGUAUCCAACUGAUUGUUCACGUCCGAGAAUGAUCGAUUCAGCAGUCUUGAUAAAGCAAGGCGCAGAGGCUCGCGUUUAUGAGCUCAAGCCUUUCCUUACAAAUCCCAAUGGCUGCAUUGUGAAGGAACGAUUCAGUAAGACGUACCGACAUCCAGUUCUCGACAAGCAGUUGACACAUAGACGAGUAUCACAAGAAGCAAGGUGCCUAUUUCGAUGCAGAAAGGCCGGUAUCGAUACCCCAGCAUUGUACCUAGUCGACCCAGAAGCCGCCACUAUCUACAUGGAGCGAAUUUUGGGACGAAUACUCAAAGAUAUCAUAAUUGAAGGAAAGGCAGACACAGACGUCCUAGCAGAUGCCAUUGGAGCUGCCCUUGCAAAAAUGCAUGAUGUAGACGUUGUGCAUGGGGAUUUGACGACCUCGAACUUAAUGCUGCGAGAUAACAACGCUUCAUUGGUCAUUAUUGAUUUCGGUUUAAGCUACGUCUCGAAACUACCUGAAGAUAAAGCAGUCGACCUGUAUGUUCUGGAGCGAGCAUUUUCAAGUACACAUCCACAGACUGAAGCAUUGUUCGAACGCAUCCUGACAAGCUAUAAAACACACUGCAAGCAAGCAAAACCUACACUAAGCAAGUUAGAAGAAGUGAGAUUACGAGGAAGAAAGCGAAGCAUGCUGGGUUAAGACCAUUUCAUUAAAAGAUAUACCGGCCGGCAUCCAGCACCAAGAAUAAUAAAAUCCAAAUGUCACCAUCAUAAUUUGAAUACUGUGCUUUAUUUUAUUUUUUGAGAUUGUGGUGUACGUUUGCCAAUAGAUUGACUGGCAAGUUACAAAGGCUACAUUAGACUUCCACAAAGAGUGCCAAUUGGCUCAAGGGAAUAUUGAAGAGAACAUCGAACGCAGGAGUGGUCAAAGA